GGGGGGGGGAUGCGGGAGACGCGAAUCUGCGCGCGGUGGGAUCGCGGCUUGCUUCCGUGAGCCGAGCGUGUUUACAAAACAACUUACCACACGACACAUACAAACAUCGCACAUUUACAAAAAGGGAUUGAACGAGAAGCAGAGGUUCAACGCCACGUGAGUCUCCAUCAGCGGGGUCUGAACCCCGCACGACUGCGAGCAUGAGCCAAGAGGAGGAGGCGCUGGAGACCCCGCGCUGCGCCACGUGUCGGCGGAGCGCCCUGGAGGGCCGCGCGCACUCCUUCACGCGCGCACACGCGCGCCAUGUGCACACAGAGAUGAGCCGCCUGCGUGCAAAGGUGGAACUUGCUGUCCGUGAGCUGCCAACGCCUCGCGUGUUUACUGUGCAGCCGGGAGGGGCGGCUGAGGGAGAUAAGGGUCAGGGAGACGAGGGCGACCGUGCGUUCUGGUGCCCGAUGUGCCGUACCAGUGCCCGCAUGCACGCACGGGAUGGGAGACUCGUGGUGGCACUGGCGGGCACCGUGCAGCACCUUGCCAGCCCAGAUCAUGAGCGGAGCAUCCACCGUUACUGGAAGGAAAAUCACCUGGAUCAAGGACUAAAGAAAAACUACCUCAUCACCCCCAUGCAGUGUAAUAAGUUCCUAACGGCUGCGGGUUUAGCUCUGUCUGCCUUCGAAGAGGAAGAGGAGAGACUUCUCAAAGAGGAGGCUGAAUUAAUCAGGCAGCAAGAAAAGAAGAGACAGGAGCUGAUGUCAUCGCUGAGCGAGGACUGGCCAGGAGUGACUCCACUGAGUUCAAUGGAUCCCAGUGCACAGUCUGAAUUGCACGCAUCAGAUUCUCCAGGACCCAUGUCCACUCAUGUCCACAAGGUGGUUGAGAAGCCCAGGGGAAACAUCCAUACAGGUGCAACGCCUCCUUGGCUAAUGGAUGACGAUGGUGGUGGCACAAAUGGCGGUGAUGGUGGCGGCGAUGGUGACACCAAAGAACAAAGGAAUGGGAAGGCACCUGUCAUCGGGCCUUCAUAUGAGGCCUUCCUCCAUCACCGUGCUCAGUCACGCCAGACGCCUCUCCCUCCCGGCCGUGUCGGGGCCACGUUUGACCGCUUGGCCGCCGCCAGUGAUCCCGCGUGGCUCCCGCAAUUCAGCAAUGCCUGGAACACGGGCAGGCGUGGCCCCCAGCGGUUAAGGCACCAGAAGAAGAGAGAUUGGCGUGGUGAGGAGUGGGAGAAUGGUCACAAUGGCUCAUGAUUAUCUUUAACAUAGGCAGGCAUGUCUGUUGGAGAAUCUGGGGCAUGAAUUCUGCCAUCUCGGUCUCUUAUAUUUAUGUUUGGAUUUGUCAUUAAUUAUAGUUGACUUAAAGAGACUAAUAUUUAAGUGAAAAUAUCAGAAACUACCAGCCACAGCAACCAAUCUCAUAGAAUCUUCAAAACAAGAUAAAAAUGUUGUUUCCCUUGAAAAAUAACUCUUCUUCUCCCUGAUAAAACUGGCUUUCGAACCUGAUUUACAAUCGUGUUGCUAGAUAUGUUUCACGUGACAUGUAUGGCUGUAACAUUUGAAACUCUUAAGGCGACACACUUUUCUGUUGAAACACUUUCAUAAUCCACACACCAUGACUAGAAUAUUCCUUAUAUCCAAUCAACUUCAAACCAAGAUCAAGUGCAUUAUGUGACUAAAUGACACGUUUUAUGUCGACUUGGAGCUGUAUUCAUUCCUCUGCUGCACAAUUGACAUUUGCAGAUCUGUCAUCAUACUCUCACUUGAUUUUUUUAAUUGAAACUUGACUGUACAUUUUGUUGAUGUUAAUAUUAGAAAUGUGUUCGAGCUUUGUGUACUAGUUAUUUAUAAUGUGUUUUAUUUAAGAAACCCUAUUGAAUUUGAAGUCUUUUUGAAGAUUUUUUUUUAAUGUGUGGCCCACUGCUUUCAUGAUUUAUUUUUGAGCUUGAGUUUCUGGAAAAAAAACGCACGCAGGGGAACCAGGCAAGGCAGACCUGGUCCCAGGGACACUCGACCUUAAACUUUAGAAAAUGAUAUUUUUUUUAUGUGCCAUGUGUAAUGAGACGUUACAUGUGAUGCCAUAACCUUGUUGAUAAAUAAUUGAACUUAAACCGUUGAAGCCCAGUGACGCGUGCACAACAAAGGUCAUGUCCACGUUCCCUGAGAAACGGGGGGGGAUGUUGGGAAUGACACGGCUGUAGCACGGCAGACGAUAAAUACCGAGUCUUGACGGCGAUUGAAAAUGGAGCGGGACCGAUGAACCAGAAUUACUUUAUUCUUUUAUGAUUGAUCGUGCGUUAAACACUGCGGCACCACGACCCACCCUUUCCCCUCCUGUUUAUAAAUGUAAACAUGAGAAACGUUAAGGGUCGGGCAAUGUCUGCCGUGCCGCCUGGGUUAUCUGGAGACGUCGCCUCCAAUAAAAAAUGCAGACGCCUUCACAUAUCUAGUUUCAUCUAUUCGGUACAGUAUAGCCCUGUGAGUCAUGCGGUUUUUAAGUCGGGUGCAACCGCAACAAACAAUAUGAACACAACAUCUUAAAUAUAUGCACGUAUUUUGAGCAUGCACACAAUCUGUUAGUGCAUUUUAACAAGCAAUGUCUGGACCGGUUUUGAAAUUCAGUGUUCAUCAGGCUUUCGUUGCCCAAUCAUCAACAUCCAGAAGGACCCAAGUUAGACGGAAAACGAAUACAUAACACAAACUAAUAAUUACUUUUGAAUGUGGCGGGACAUUGAACGAGGCUUAUUGUCUGAUUAUUUUGUUACUUAUAUUCUGAACGACGCUCAUGAUUAUGCUGUGAUACCGAUCAUACAAUGGGUGUCAUUCCAGAAUAUAAUCACAAGUUUGGUGGAUCUAUUCCGGAAUAAUUUGUUGUGCUCUGUUCUAUUUAUUUUCGGGCCGAAUUAGGACCCAUAUCUUAAGAGAUGCCUUCCCUGUAACGUCUGGUGAUUCGGCAGCAUUAACGCAAGCAGACACGACCGCUGCUGAUGGGAUCCUGUGUGGAGGGAGCGGUGGUGCAGCGGUUAGCACUACAAACCCGGCCAGCCGAGUUCGAUUCCCACUCACGACCCAACACCAGUGAUGAUUAUCUGAACCGGUUCUGGGCUUUCCCGAGGUCGACUCAGCCUAAAAUGAGUACCUGGCGCGGCGUGUAAAAGGAUCGCCACUGGGGAGACAAAGGCGGUCGGGCGUGGUGCUGGCCACCCACCCCCUCGUGUACCGUUCCGGCCUUCAUAGGUGCUCGCUAACAGCACUUGCCCCUACAGUCUGUUAAGGCUAUACGGGGGAUCUUUGUUGUAGUAGUAACCGUUCCAGUUUGUUA